AUUUGUACAGUGCGAUUAGCAACUUCUAUUUCUUCUUCUUGACUGAGAUGGAGCUAAAAGGUUUGGGGUUCGUCCCCCUUCUGUUGGCGUUUUGGUGUGCGGCCUGGCUUGCCACCAGCUACAUCGUGACGGUCGUCCUCGGCCAUGCCGCCUCGCCACUGAUGCACAUCAGUGACGUGGGAAAUUUCUUUCCCGAAAACAUAUUAUUGAGAAUUGGUUUCAUAGGGACAUCCAUUGGCACUUUGGUACUAACCUUUCUUAUUUAUAAGUAUAUGGUUAUGCAUACUGAAGAGUUCAGGGGUCAUCAGGUCCUGAUCCAGAGGAUCCUGCUCGCCAUUGUGUGGGCCUCCUGUUUUGGCACAGCUGUCAUGCAUGUAUUGUCCCCCGAAGAAUAUCCCAGGAUACACUUUGUCAGCACGAUAAUUUCCAUUACAUGUGAAGCCUUAUACUACCUUGGGCAGUCCAUCCAGAUGUAUAAAUUACCAGGAGCAAACAAAGUCAUCCACCAUAGUAGAUGCACCUGCUGUGGCCUGACUUUUACCUGCGCAAUUUUCUACUUUGGAUAUAAAACAUUACAGGAAUUAUUCUAUGAUGAUGAAGACUGGGACGAGAUCCGUGAAAUCACCACCAUAAUCAUCGAGUGGGUGAUGCUUCUACUGAUCCUGAUAAACAUCGUGACCUAUUAUUCCACCAUGCAGAGGUUAAUGUUAACCGUCUCCAGGAACAGCUGCAAACUCUCUCUUAGAGUAAGAAUUGAUGACUUCGGGGUGUAGACCACCACGGGGGCCAUCAAGUGGACUUCUGGGAGAGAUACUGCACAGGACACGGAAAAACCAUAAAAAAAAUAAUAUGAGCUGGUAAUAUUACCUAUACAAAAAAAUAAUAUGAGCUGGUGAUAUUACCUAUACAAA